CCCCUGCACUCCUUCCAGCCCCUUCCCCAUUGUGAAGCAUGUCCAACCACAAGAAGAAGGCCCUCCGCGCGCUGAGCCGCGCCAACAAGGCCACCCAGGGCUCCGGCCCGAGCCAGGUCCGGGUGGGUGCGGCCGCUCCGUUGACUUCCAAGGCCAUCGCCGCCGCUGCCGAGACCGCCGCCGCCGUCGAGGCCGAGGUCGCCCUCUCGUCCGUGGUCAAGGUAUCUCCGGUGGUCCGGAACUCGACCGACCGCGAGCCUGGGGUCCUGCGCGUGAUUGUCAGCUGCUACGAGCGGACGAUCUUCGCCCUGGACGCCACCCUGCCGCUGCCGCUGCUGGACGAGCAUGACCCCCUGCGCAAGAACAAAUCCAAUGCGCUGAAUCCCACCCAGCAGAUCGCCGACAGCAUGGACGCCCAGAUCCAGCGGAUCCUCAGCAAGGGCAAGUCCGACACCAUCAGCCGCGCCGACGGGACCACGGUCACCAUGAAGCCGCGGUUUGUGACGGCCGCCCACGUCGGCAGUGUCCAGGCCCUGGCGGUCUCCCACAACUGGGUGGCUUCCGGCAGUGUGGACGAGAUUGUCAAGCUUUACCAUGCCCGUCGGUGUGUGGAGCUUGGCUCGCUGCACAAGCACGAGGGCUCCAUCACGGCGCUGGCCUUCUGUGGCGUCCGCGCGGAGCACCUCAUCUCCGGUGGUGAUGACGGGCAGAUCAUUCUCUGGCGCUCCAAGGACUGGCUCCCUCUCAAGGUUAUGAAGGGCCACGCUCGUGGUGCCAUCCGCGGUAUCGCCGUCCAUCCGUCCAAUCAGCUUGCCAUUUCGAUUGGCCGUGACAACUCCUCCAAGUCUCGGAUGGGUCACGGUGAGAUCGGCAAGACCAUCAGCAGCAUGCGCCUGUGGGACUUGCAGAUCGGCAAGUGUGCCUUCCGCAAGACUCUUCCCUUCGAUGCCAUUUCCGUUCAGUGGUCCCCUGAUGGGCUGCUUUAUGCCGUUGUUUUCGACCGCCUGGUGCAGGUCACCUCCGUCACCACCGGCAAGAACGUUUGCGUUUACACCCCGCCCUCGCGGAGCCAUUGCGCCGCCUUCGUCCCCUGCCAGGACCUGGACACCCAAGAGGAGCGCUACAUUCUGGCCGUUGGCCUGGAGAACGGGUCUCUUGUUUUGGUCAAUGUUCAUGACGGCCCGGUCAGCGCUCCUGAGGGGGGCGAGGAUGAGGACGCGGAUGCCAAGCCCUUUGCUGGGCACGUCCUGGCCACAAUCGCUGCGCACACCAACCGGAUCAAGGACCUGGCUUGCCAGGAUGGCUAUCUGGCGACCACCUCUUCAGACGGGACCGUUUGUCUGUGGGAUAUGCAUCCGCUCGUCAAGUGGGCGUCGGCCCCUGGGGUGGACCUGACUCUCGAAAUCCAGGAGGCCAAUCAUCCCCAGUGUGUUGGUCGCUAUCACUCUGGCAUGCGCAACAUUUGCAUCCGCAUGAUCCGUGUUCAGUGAGCGGAUGCUCUUGCCCGUCCCGAUCCCAUCAUCGGAAUGGAGUGCCCCUUCCUCCUUCUCUCUCUCUCUCUCUACCGCCAUCCCCUCUGUCAUCCCACUCUGUACUUGCGCACCCAUGUUCAUCUAUCUGGCCCCACUCAAUACAAAGGAGCAUUGCUAAGACAGCUCACUCUCUA